CAUUUUAAGUUAGUUACGUAGAGUCCGUGAAGAACGCUACGCACGCUGCGUGCAGGGACCAAUGGGGGCGGAGUGUGGCGGUGACGCUGUGCGGGGGCGUGGCUUCAGUCAGUCUGUUCAAUAUGGCGAUGCGCAGCGGGCAUGGUUUGAAGGGAGAGUGAGUCCGUGAGAGGGUCGCUUACCUGUGAACCACAGAGAACACAGAGAACACAGCACAGCAGUGACAGAGAGACUCAAUGCAGCCCUGCUGCUGUGCGCCUGUAUCUGAACACAUGCAGUAAAGGACGCCGCUGUGCCUCUCAGUAUCAACACCCUGCCCUCCUCACUCACCUUCACAAGACAGUCAGGUUCAUGAGGUAGUGUCACCUGGAAUGGUUGUCAGUUAACAGCUGUGCUGAACUUGUCAAGAGUUCUCAUCAGGACCACCCUAGAAAAUGAAGACCAGGCGCUAUCCGUGUUGCACAGGAUAAGUUCAUCAGAGUUACCAGCCUCAGAAACGGGGGUGAUGUCCAAACUGGGUGUGGUGUUUGGGGGUUCCCGUGGCAUUGGGUGUGCAGUUGCACAGCUGUUGGCACAAAGGGGGCACAGAGUUGUGGUGGUGUCCAGAAACCUGGAAGCAGCACAAACUAAAGCAAACUCACUUCCUGGAGGAGAUCAUGUUGGCAUCAGCUGUGAUGUUUCUAAUGAACAAGAUGUCCAGAGAGCGUUUGAGACCAUUACUAAGACAUGUGGGCCUGUGGGAUACCUGGUUAACUCAGCUGGCAUCAAUAGAGAUGCACUGUUAAUGAGGAGUAAAUCUGAGGACAUGGUCUCUGUUCUUCACACCAACCUGCUUGGCUCUAUGUUUACCUGUAGAGCAGCUCUUCGGAGCAUGCUAAGUAAAGGAGGUGCUAUUGUCAACAUAGGAUCAGUGGUGGGUGUAAAGGGAAACGCUGGUCAGUGUGUGUACAGCGCCAGUAAAGCCGGCCUGGAGGGAUUCACACGCUCCCUCGCCAGAGAGCUCGCCUCCAGAAACAUCACAGUCAACUUAGUGGCUCCAGGGCUCAUCCGCACAGACAUGGCGGCGGGUCUGAAGGAGGACGUGGAGGGGAGGAGGAUUCCAUUGGGUCGUUUCGGGAAGCCAGAGGAAGUAGCACAGGCUGUUCUGUUCCUCCUGGAGACACCUUAUGUUACAGGACAGGUUCUGCUGGUGGACGGAGGAUUACAGCUGGUCAUGUGAUGCCUAAUUAUCACCAGACCUGCCUGUAAACUGCUAUUGAUUGGACUAGAGGUGCAUGUUGUUCUAUUGAGAAAUAGUGCUGUUCUUGGAAGAGGAGGACACGAUGCCUUCUUUUGGGGCUACACUUUGUUGGCUGUGGAAACUAUUCAGAGUUUAAAACUGACCCUUGGCUUCAUUUUGCACAUUUUGCAGCUCCACUCCUUGAGAAUUUGAUGGCCUACCAUUCUACUGCACUAUGAGAGCAUCCAGUAAUCAUUUGUUCUCAGUCAGGUCUUUUCCGAUCAAAUCUCAGGGUUGGUCUAUGGAAAACUGACUGACAGACUGAAGGAGUCUGGAUGUUCUUUCUGAUAAAUUAUUCAGGUAUUAAUGCAGUUUACAGUAAAUUAAUGUUAAUUUUAAUGUGCACACUAAGCCUCACUCCCACUCUAUCACAAAAUAAACAGUCUCACACUCUCA